GAAAGAUGGCAAGUGCUGGGAACAGUUGUUUAAGCUCAGUGUUCACAGCUCCUCUGGAAAAAGAUGUGUUCUUGAAUAAGAUGAAGAAAGCUUCAUGCAAUUUUUUAAUGGGUUCCUACAACAAACCCUUCGAAGUGAGCAGAGUCUAUUGUGGAUUGCCAGAGAGUGGAACUGAAAAGAAACCCACAAGCAGUUCAGCCUCAAAUUCAAACAAAGUGGUUGAGGAUUACAAUACAGCUAUGAAGAGGAUGAUGAGGAACCCAUAUGAAUAUCAUCAUGAUCUGGGCAUGAACUACACACUGAUAACUGAUAACUUGAUUGUGGGCUCCCAACCUCAGAAACCAGAAGAUAUUGAUCACCUGAGAGAAGAAGAGAAUGUGGCAUACAUUCUAAACUUGCAGCAGGACAAUGAUGUUGAAUAUUGGGUUGACUUGCAGUCGAUCAUAGAAAGAUGUAAAGAAGUCGGAAUCCGUCACAUGAGGUGACCUGCAAAGGAUUUUGAUCCACAUUCCUUGCGAAAUGGUCUACGGAAAGCAGUUUCAUCACUGGAAUGGGCCAUAUCUGAGGGAAAAGGAAAAGUGUACGUGCAUUGCACUGCCGGACUGGGAAGGGCCCCUGCUGUGGCUAUAGCUUACAUGUACUGGUUCCUUGGAAUGAAUCUCAAUGCAGCAUAUGAUGCAUUGACUCUCAAGAGACCAUGUGGACCCAAUAAGAGGGCGAUACAAGGAGCUACUUAUGAUCUGGCCAAAAAAGAUCCGUGGAAGGAGCCAUUUGAGAAUCUUCCUGAAUAUGCAUUUCAGGAUAUGGCAGAUUGGGAAAGGAAGUUGAUUCAAGACCGUGUCAUUUCUCUCCGUGGAUCAUGAACACUUCGGUAUUCAACUUUCUCCCAUCAAACU